AUGGAUCAGGGUUUCCUGAAAAGGAAGUGCCUCUUGUACGCCAUGCCUCUGUCUUCGCCGGUGGUGGAGGAAUGGUCAAAAUCUGAUGUGCUGAUGAAUCGGGGAAGUCAGGGAAGUCUGGUUGCACUACCAAAGCAAUACAUCGAGCGCGCAGAUGUGGUGACCAAUUCUGAUGUGAUUGGGCCCCUUUUGGAACAUCUUGGAACACGUGUCACGAUUGAUGGUAUCCAUGAACAAGUGGAGAUGUUCUUGACCUUUGCCCGGCCACGUGGGAAGCCCCAUGUUUCUGGUAGCAAAGUCCGUUUGGAAGCGUGGAAGAUCAAGCGGCUAGUGACGAUCUUCAAUCGUGCUGCCAAGCGUGGACACUACCCCAGAGAACCCGGCAUGCGUGAAAUCUAUCAGCAGGCUGGUAUCCCGUUGCCAGCUGACCCACGUGACUACACAGCAUUUAAGGCUUAUGAUUUCGGUGUGUUUGUGUGUGUGCGUGCGCCCUCUCCCCCAGCAACCUUUUUGAUGGGAACAGUUGAGGUUCGAGAGAGCCUUCAGACUCUGAAGAUGAUGCGGAGGGUGAAGAAAGCAGUGAUGUACAAACAGUACCCUGGCUGGAUGUUCAAUGUUGACAAGUGCAAAGUAAGUAGCCAUGCCCAAUGCCCAUGCCCGGUACUUAUCCCUCUUGGAUUGAAAUGCCUAGGAUGA